AUGAGUGCCUGGGCCGAGGCGACCGCGCCAGACGGCCGCAAAUACUUCUGGAACAAGCAAACCAAGCAGACAUCAUGGAGCAAGCCCGACGACUUCGAUGCUCCGGCGACACCAGCAGGUCCGAAUGGUAGUGCCAGCGACUGGAGUGAAGCAAAAGCGCCUGAUGGUCGAGCAUACUACUACAACAAGGUCACAAAGGAGACAAGAUGGGACAGACCAGCUGUCAUGGAUCAGGCACCUCGCCAAAACGCUCGUCCAGACUUUGUGGCAGGUAGAGGUCAGGACUACGGCCGUCCAGACAGAUCCGAAGAUCGCAUGACGAGGCGGGACGACCGUAUGGCUGGUCUGCCAAACAAGCCAAUUUUCGACCGCGAAGGCCCAAGAGGCGGCGGCGGUGGCAUGCCAUGGGAGAACCGGCGGGAUGACGUUGGCUUCAGGGGACCAAUGCCAGCGAAGAACGACGAGCCUGACUAUGCCACCCACGAACAAGCAGAAGAGGCCUUCUGCAAGUUGCUCAAGCGUCACAACAUCUCACCCGACACCGAGUGGCAGGAUGCCUUGCGUGUUGUUGUGCGCGACCGGGAGUACCGCGCCAUCAAGGACCCCAAGGAGCGAAAAGUGGCAUACGAGAAGUACUGCCAAGAAGUGCGUGCACAAGAGAAGGGCAAGGAGAAGGAGCGCAAAGAAAAGUUGCGUGAAGACUUCCGUAAGAUGCUACGGACCCAUGAGGAGAUCAAGCAUUACACGCGCUGGAAGACUGCAAGACCAAUGAUCCAGGGCGAGUAUGUCUACAAGCAGGCUGGAGAUGAUGAUGAGCGCAAGCGCAUGUUCGAUGAGUACAUCCUUGAGCUGAAGAAGAAGCACGCCGAAGAAGAGUCUGCCCGCCGCAAGACUGCCAUCGCCGAGCUCGACUCCAUGCUCAGAGUGCUGAUCGUCGAUCCUGAUACCAGAUGGAACGACGCCGAAGAGAAGAUCACGACAAGCGACCGCUUCGUCUCCGAAGACAUCUUCCGAGCACUCAACAAGCUUGAUGUGUUCUAUGCGUUCGAGAACCACAUGAAGGCCUUGGAGCGAGUCGCCAACGAGAAGCUGCAGCAGGAGAAGCGCUUGAAGCGACGCCGAGAGCGCCAGGCUCGUGAUGGCUUCAGACAAUCGCUCAACGACAAGCUGAGAGAAGGCAAGAUCAAGGCUGGCAGCAAGUGGCAGGACGUGCACUCCUCUUUCGCUGACGAUCCGCGAUUCACUAGCUAUGUCGGCAUGCCAGGCAGUGACCCUCUGGACCUGUUCUGGGACAUUGUCGAAGACGAAGAGCGCAAGCUACGCUCCAAGCGCAACGACGCGAUGGACGUGUUGGAAGACAGACGCUACGAGAUGACCCUCGACACCACCUUCGACCAGUUCAUGGACGUCAUGCAGUCUCACCCAAAGACAUCGGUCUUGAAAGAUGACGAGCUGAACUUGAUCUAUUCAAGACUCAUGGACAAGAUCAAGAAGCGUCACGAAGACAGCAAGCUCGAUGCCGAGCGCCAUAAGAGAGACAUCAUCGAUGGCAUCAGAACACAGAUGAAGCGCAAUAGACCAGCCAUCCGGCUUGAGGACACCCUUGAGGAUGUUACACGACUGCUUGCAGGUACUCGCGACUGGGAAGCUGCUGAUGACGACAUGAGGGCGACUGCCUACGAGAAGUACAUGCGCCGACUCAAGGAGAGAGAUGAGCACGAGCGCGAUCGAGCACGCCGUGACCGAGACGACAGAAAUGGUGCACGACGCGACGACCGUGAUCGCUCCCGAGAUCGUCGCCACCGAACUCGUACGCCCGAGAUCGAUGCUUACGAAGCUGACAGACGCAAGGCCCAGGAAGCUCGCGAGAGAUCGUACCGCAAGCCUUCGUUUGGCCUCACCCCACCACCACGCGAUCGCCGAGAUGACCGAUACAUCUCGCGUGAGGACGAUCGUAGACACGACCGUCGAGAUGGCGUGUCUGUCUAUGAGCGCGAGAGACGUGAGAGAGAGCUGGAACGCGAGCGGAGCUACAUCAGUCGCGCUGAUCCACGUGACAAGGGUAAGACUUUGGACUAUGGUGAUGAAGAUGCCGUUGGCAGUCGUCCAGGAUCCGUGCGCAAGCGUCGCGAGUCUGAUGGCAGCAUGCGUGAGAGCAAGCGAUCACGCCGUGCUGAGAGUGCUGGUGUGCUGAAGGACGAAGAGCCUGCUCUUCAGUCUGGUUCCGAGGAGGGUGAAAUUGAAGAAGUCUGA